CAAAAGCACAUGCAAUAUACCGUAACUGAAAUAUUGUUAUUAUAUACAUAGUGUUACAUUGUUUAAACUGCUAGGAAGCCAUAUUAUGGAAUUACCCAGUUCAAACCGAAAGUAGGACUGUACCAGCGUUCAUAUCAAUAUGGCGGCCCUCGAAAACGAAUACGCUGAUAUGUUAGGAGCAAAUCGCGACAAGCCAGCCGAUCAGCGCUUUGAUAAAGUAUGGAAGAAUGGCUUCAUAUUAACCGUGGUGGCCAAUAUACUGGCCCUGUCUAGUCUGGUGUUCCUCCAUGUCUACAGCCAGGUGGUAGAGCACGGUGAACCGGACCUAGACAGUCUGUUACUGUCCGAGGAUCUCUGUAUCCCUUGUCAGGAGGAGACCGCCUUGUUCGACUACAGAGUGAAGACACAGUCCGGCAAACACCUGUGUUGUUACAACAACACCGACAUACAGCGAGCUGUUAAACUUAUGUUGAAGGAGGAAAGACGGUUCAAUACUGAAUUCAAUGAUGGUCAGAAUUACAAGCCACGCGAUUUUAAGUUAGAAACUAAAGAGGAUCUAUCCUGGUGGAAGAGUCGGCCUUCAGCAGCUCAUCUGCAUCUUGAUACCACAGCGAGUAACCUUACGAGAAUGAGAUGGAGACAUCAUUCGGACUUCGUGACGUCUUUUGUGUCUGAGGGAAUCAAGGUCAUCAAUGGAACAAAGAUUCAGGUGUCCGAUAGGGGAAUGUACUUCAUAUACUCCACUAUUUCUGUGGAGUUCAGCAAGCUGAGCAAGGGUCAACCCAACACCGGCAAAAGCUUUUACCACAAUAUACAGAAGAGCAACUCGAAGCUGCCAAAAACUGGGGCCACGAUUCAAAUGAUGCGAAAGUAUGGAGGGGUCCCGGACAAAGAAACAGACAAGCUCUACACCAGUUUCCUGUGUGGAGCUCUGUUUCUGAAAGAUGGGGACCAGUUAGCUUCAGUAUUUGACACGCCCCCACUGAUUUAUAAAUUUCCAUAUGCAAACUAUUUCGGAAUAUUUAAACUGUGAGGUACUGUUUUCAGAGAAAUGUAAAUCUCAAUUUAAAAGUUUGUCCUGAGCUAAAACUCCGUUGUAUGUAACAAACAAGAUAACGCGCCGAGUA